GUUAAAGUGGUUGUGUCAUCCCUUAUUUUAAAUGAUUGUACAAGGAAUGAAAGGAUUUUUUUUGUUGGACAAAUAUAUUACAACUUGGCUGAAAGCCUUUUUGCAGGUGGAAGAGCACUUGAGGGACUUUCAUAUGCUAAAGAGGCUUUGCUUCUAAGACUUGAAGUCUUAAAGGCAAAGUUUAAGAUGCCCAACAACAAGCCUAUAGAAUUUACAGAAUCUUCAAGAGAAACCAAUGAUGAGCAGGAUGUUUGGCGAGGCAUAAUUAAGUUGAAAAGUUCUCUUAGCCCUUGGAUCAUUCUUGGUUGCUAUCUUGAAAGUAUUAUGCAGGUCAGGUGUACCAUAAGAAGCUAUUACGGGAUUUGGCAGAAGAAGAAUUUAACAUUGCUCGGAAGCUCUUAAAGGAAAGUGACAUCAUAAUUUCCUGCAGGCAUUGCAAGUUGAUUUUUGAAGUUACAAUUGAGAUGCAAAUUACAGAUUUCUCGACAGAACGCUUGAAUAAAGGUUACCAUGUCCAGUCUCGUGCUCUUGAUAUCUAUAGAUCAGUUUUGAGAAAACUAAGUAAUGAUAACAUGGAAGGUUCUUUUAUUGUUUCCUGGAAACAAUGUAACACUUACGAAUCUCUAAGCAAAUUCCAUCUUGAGGACACCGGACAUAUUGUCAUAAACAAAGCUAAAUUACAUCCAUUGGAGAGUGACAGGAAAUUAGUUCCUUGCCACAUUUGUUCUUUUUUAGAAAAUAGUUUUGAUUCUUUGAAAGUUGAGCAACAGAGCUCAACAAUAUCAACUGUGCUGCCACAUGGUAUUUGUUCAUUUGAUUUUGGAUGCUCCGAUGGAGGAAUUCUUACUAACGUUGAAUGUUUGAGAUGUCUUUGCCUCAAAAUGAUAAAAGAGGGAACCAUGCAGAAUUUAAUUCAUUUUAAAUGGCAAUGUCAACGAAGACGUCUUUUAUUUAGGCUUUUACUGAAAAUUGCAAAAUCCUUGGAGGUAACUUGUGAAAAACAGGAUGCACAUGAAGUACAUGGUGUAUUUUGCCAAUGCAUCUCUAUGUUGUUUGAUGGAAAGCCUUGCUUUGAUGCUAAUUUCCAUGGCUAUGAUUUAAAUUUGCUCAAAUUAAUGGAGGACAAUAAUACAGGGGACAUUUUUUCUGCUGAACGUGCUGCUUUACUGUACAAUAUGAGCUGGUUCUUUUUGAAAGAUUUUCAUCCAGAGCACAUGAGAUGCACGACAUCAUUUCAUGGUUAUUAA